AUGACAGUGCCGAGGAAGGAGCGCGCGGGAGCGGGGGGUGGCGAGGCCGUCCUAAUCCCCAACGAGCAGCGGUUGUUGGAUGAGCAACGCACCGGCGGCGGGAGGCGCCGCCUGGCGGGCGUCGAGGCGCUGCUGGCCGCCAGGGCGCGCGCCCAGCGCCCGGCGCGGCGGGGGCGGCCCCUCCCCGCGCCUCCCCGCGCCUGGCCGCGCCUGGCCGCGCCUAGCCGCGCCGCGCCGCGCCUGCGGAGUCGCGGCCGGCCAGCUUCCUUUCUCGGCCGCGAGGUGGCAGGGUCGUACGGCGGCAGCGCGGAAGGCGGAGCCAGGACGCCGCCCCUCCCCUCGCGGGCCGCCACCCCUCCGCCGCGCGGCGCUCGUCGGGGGAAGUUGUCACUUCAGUCCGAGGGAGGGAGCUACGCCGGCAGCACGCAGCAGCAGCGCGCACAGGCUGUCGUCGCAGCUCGCACGUGGGCACGAUGCGGCCGUCGCCUCGCGCGCCCCGCAGCUGAGCCGGCCUCACGCCACCUCGAGCAACACACGCCCCCGCCUCCCCCCUGUCCCCCUCGACGACACCCGCCGAUCAUGCCGCACGCUCCGUCGACGCCGCAAUCGUCCUGGGUUCGCGCCUCCGCCACGCCGCUUCUGCAGCCCGACGCAGCGUCCGUCAGGAAGUGA